GCAGAUCGCGUUUUGCCACUCCGCUUCAUUUCGGAACGAACUAGAAUCAAUUACUUGCUGAUUAAUUUCCAGCGUUCAUCCUUAAGCCUCUACCAAAAUAUUGACCCAGGCGGUUUAGAUAAGUUGGGCUGCUGCCAUCUGAGCUCCGUGCCACAGCCGCGCUGUCGCGGGUGGGGACACCGCGAGUGGGGCUGCACGACGAGCGGUUCUCCUUAUCCUUCCCACCCCUCUAUCUUAUUAUUAUUAUUAUCUUUUUUUUUUUUUUCUUUUUUCCUGCACUUGGAAAAAAAAAAGAACCACACUUUGGAGUGUGAGGAACCUCGGGUUCUUUGUAUAUAAAUAUAGCUUUUAUAAAACCAAACCAAACCAAAACACGACAAGCCAGAAAAUCACCCAGAGCCUCUCCCCGGCGCACACACACACACGCGAAGGGCCCUCCCCACGCCGGUAAUUAACUGACACGUUAUACCACUCAUCACCAAUGGUGGAAGCUCGGAGCUCGCCCAAAACCCGCAAUUUCACAUCUGCAAACACUGUCUUCAUCCACUUGACUUCCAAGACCCGCCCACACGUGGCCAACCUUUCCCGGGUUUCAUGUCUUUUUUUUCUCCCUCCUCUCGGCAGGUUCAUGUGCGGGGACCAGCCUUAUAUGGACUGUUCGCUCCGGCAAUGGCUCGUUUUUUUCACGCUGCAAUCGCGGCUCCGGGCUGUGUCAGCCCCAUCCAGAAGAACUGAUCUUUUUUCCUUCUUUUUUGCUCUUUUUGAUCUGUAAUUUUCGCCUCGCCUUUUCCCCUUCCCCUGGAGUUACAAACUGUUUCCGAAGCGGCUGCCGCUCCGCUCCCCGAGUCAACCCCCCCCCAACCCCCACCCCCCCCACCCCGGGCAGAAGGAGCCCGCAGAGAUCCGGGGCUCCGCCGGGGCUCCGUUCGUCCCUCGGCACGAAGAGCUCCUCUCCUUUUUCUCCACGUUUUUCCCCGCCGCCCGCGCCCUCCCCUCGCGCUGUCGCCGCUGUCGCUCCGGGUGACAGCUCGGCGAGCUGCUCCUCCAACUUUCCGACCCCGAUUUCCCCGGACCAUGUCUCUGACCAACACAAAGACGGGUUUUUCCGUCAAGGACAUCCUGGACCUCCCCGACACCAACGACGAGGACGGCUCCGCAGCGGAAGGAGGAGAGGAGGAAAGCGAAGCGCCGGAGCCUCCCAAGAAAACGGCGGUGUUGGGCCAAACCCCCUUGGACGCUGUUCAGACGCUGCCUUUGAAGCCCCCUUUCUAUGAUAAUAGCGAUAAUCCCUACACGCGCUGGCUGGCGAGCGCCGAGGGCAUCCAGUACUCCCUGCACGGGCUGGCGGCCGGAGCGGGCGGCCCCGAGGCCGGCUCCAAGUCCCCGGAGCCGUCGGCCGACGAAUCGCCCGACAACGAGAAGGAAGCGGCGGGCGGAGGGGACGCGGGGAAGAAGAGGAAGAGGAGAGUGCUCUUCUCGCAGGCGCAGGUCUACGAGCUGGAGCGGCGCUUCAAGCAGCAGCGGUACCUGUCGGCGCCGGAGCGGGAGCACCUGGCCAGCCUCAUCCACCUCACGCCCACCCAGGUGAAGAUCUGGUUCCAGAACCACCGCUACAAGAUGAAGCGGGCCCGGGCAGAGAAAGCGCCCAGUCCCUCCAGCAUAUGCAAUACAACGCCCAGUACAGCGCGGCCGGCAGCCCCCAGUACCCCACAGCGCAUCACUUGGUACAGGCGCAGCAAUGGACUUGGUGAGCGCGGGGUGAGCGCACGCACCCGGCCCCGCACGCACCCACACAAGCAGAGAGGAGGAAAAAAUAACGAUAAAGAGACACGAAAAGGAGUCAAAAAUAAAUAAGAGAGAGAGAGUGAGAGAGAGAGAGAGAGAGAGGAAGAGACAGACUGAUGCUCCGAAACUAAAAUCGAAACGACGGGGGAAGGAGCGGAGAGGGAAGCGCUAUUAUUAUUAUUAUUAUUAUUGCUAUUAUUAUUAUUAUUAUGUUUUUUUUGUUUUUUUUUUUUCUUUUUGU